CAAAAGGCCAUAGUGUCGAUGGAAGCAAAACAUUUUGCUUCCUUCUCCCUCGCCCAGGUUUCUUCUUCUGCCGUCUCGGAGUUCCACAUGUUCCGUAUUCCCCACAGAGUCUAAGACAACCUCAUCCUGUUCGGAUCCCUAUAUCCCGGAGACCACUAGCCCGGCUGCUCUCUCCUGUUGUCCCUUUGCUCGGUGCUCUUAUUCGACGGGGCGAGCCCGGCGCCCGGUCCGUGGAAUCUUGGACGAAUACCUGGUGACUGGGGGUUCGCUAAACCUGAUCGUCCCCGGUUCCUCUCUACGAUCUCGGUUCCCAAAAAAACAGGGAGAAGGUCUCCAUGGGGAAGAACAUGAGGAUCAAGACCGCGUCGAGUAACAGGAGCCCGCUGCUGGACCACGAGGAAUCCUCAAGCCGUGCUUUGUCGGACCUUGAACAUGGUGAUACAGUUCAGCCAGCCAAUGUCACUUUCUCUAGAGUUUUACACUUGGCGAAACCUGAUGCAGGGAAACUUGUUCUUGCUACUGUAGCAUUGUUGAUAGCGUCUACAACAAAUAUCCUAAUUCCUAAAUUUGGUGGGAAGAUAAUAGACAUCGUAUCAAGAGGGAUCCAAGCGCCUGACCAGAAAGCUGAAGCUUUGGAUGCUGUUAAAAAUACCGUGCUGGAGAUCAUGGUGAUUGUUGUCAUAGGUUCAAUAUGUACUACUUUGCGAGCAUGGAUGUUCAAUUCUGCCAGUGAAAGGGUAGUUGCUCGAUUGAGAAAAGACUUGUUUAGUCAUCUUAUGAACCAAGAAAUAGCCUUCUACGAUGUAACUCGAACUGGGGAACUUCUAAGCAGACUAUCUGAAGACACACAAAUUAUAAAAAAUGCUGCAACAACCAAUUUGUCAGAGGCUUUGCGUAAUCUUACCACCACAUUUAUUGGUCUCGGUUUUAUGUUCUCCACAUCAUGGAAAUUAACACUUUUGGCACUUGUUAUUGUUCCUGUUGUCUCUGUCGCUGUCCGACAGUUUGGGCGUUAUCUUCGUGAACUUUCCCACAAGACUCAAGCUGCAGCAGCUGUUGCAGCAUCAAUUGCUGAGGAAUCUUUUGGAGCCAUUCGCACUGUGAGGUCCUUCGCUCAAGAAGAUUAUGAAAUAUCACGCUAUUCUGUAAAAGUAGAUGAAACUUUGAAGCUUGGACUCAACCAGGCUAAAGUUGUUGGUCUCUUUGCUGGAGGACUGAAUGCAGCAUCAACAUUAUCAGUUGUUAUUGUUGUUAUAUAUGGAGCUAACCUAACCAUAAAUGGAUCUAUGACAACUGGUGCUCUUACAUCUUUCAUUCUUUAUAGUCUUACAGUUGGUUCGUCAGUAUCCGCCCUAUCAGGAUUAUACACAACAGCAAUGAAAGCUGCCGGUGCAAGCAGAAGAGUAUUUCAGCUUCUGGAUCGUGUCUCCUCUAUGCCAAAAUCUGGGGACUUGUGCCCCCUCAGUGAGCAAGAUGGAGAUGUUGAGAUAGAUGAUGUCUGGUUUGCUUAUCCUUCUCGUCCGACUCAUAUGGUGCUUAAGGGUAUUCAACUAAAGUUGAGGCCUGGUUCAAAGGUUGCACUUGUUGGGCCAAGCGGUGGUGGAAAAACUACAAUAGCAAAUUUAAUUGAACGGUUCUAUGACCCUCUUAAGGGAAAGAUCUUACUAAAUGGUGUUUCGUUGGUCGAUAUAUCACAUCGCUAUCUCCACAGACAGGUUAGCAUAGUUAGUCAAGAACCUGUUCUCUUCAAUUGUUCUAUUGAAGAAAAUAUUGCUUAUGGUUACGAUGGAAAAGCCACUAGCAGUGAGAUAGAAAAUGUUGCUAAAAUGGCAAAUGCACAUGAGUUCAUUUCCAAUUUUCCUGAUAAAUAUCAGACAGUUGUUGGUGAACGAGGCAUAAGGCUCUCUGGAGGCCAGAAACAGAGAGUUGCCAUAGCAAGAGCCUUACUGAUGAACCCACGAGUUCUUCUGUUGGAUGAGGCCACGAGUGCUUUAGAUGCUGAGAGUGAAUAUCUAGUGCAGGACGCAAUGGAUUCUCUAAUGAAAGGAAGGACCGUUCUUGUGAUAGCUCACAGGCUCUCGACCGUUAAAACCGCAGAUACAGUUGCCGUCAUAUCUGAUGGUCAGAUAGCUGAGAGCGGUACUCACGAUGAGCUUCUUAGCAAAAAUGGCAUUUAUACUGCACUAGUGAAGAGGCAAUUGCAAGGACCACGAUUUGAAGAUGAGACAGGUGACAAAUCGAAUGGAACCCAGGGCUGAUUUUGCCCCAUGUUAGAUCGCAAGCAAUGCCAACAGUGCAUUGCUGAAGAUUCAGUCUUGCUUAUCUUUAUGUAAUGGUGGUGAUGAUGAUGAUGAGGGCAAUUUGUCACCUGGUAGUCAUUAACUAAGAUGCUUUAAUAUCAAAGCUUGAACUUUUGCUUUUUGAAGUAACGGCAAAAUAUAUGGUAAUCCUGGUAGUCAUUAACUGA